AUGGGGGGAGGGGCGGUGACUGCCGUGCGUGCGACUGAGGAUCCCACGUCUUUCAAUCAGGUUGUGCUUCAGGCAGGGCCUCUGUUACUACCGCUUGUGCUCUCCACAUCAGCGGCGGUCUAUCGGAGCUCCAGGGAGGGGGGGCUCGCGAGGCUUCCAUUGGGAAUGUGGGGUGGAAUAUGUCUCGUUUGGCUGUAUUGGCUGGGGUCCCAGAACGGCAUCUUCUGA